UGAGAACAGAAGGGCUGAGAACUCCGUUACAACAAUGGGAAUUCAACUACCUCAUGGCCAAAUAAUGGUUUCUGAGCACCCUCCUCUCUGGAAAGGUGUAAAUUCCCAUGCCGUUCCCAUCUGUGAGGGAAGAGCAAUAGAGAAUAGUAUGGAAUUUGAUUCUUCACCGAGCUGGGCAUUGCAAUUCCAAGGCCCAUUUGGUGGUGACGUUCCACUGCCACUCUUCUCUACUACAGCAUCAUCAGGAUUUGCUACUUCAACCAUCGCUACUUCAUCAGCUGCAGUUUACCAACCUUGGUUUCCAACUACAACAAUCCCCCACAACCAUUACUUUCCAUCGGUCCUCGAUUCUAACAACAUAUAAAAUUUUUGAGCAAUUCAUUGACAUUCAUGAUGGUUAGUGUUUCUCUGUUUACAUAUAAAACAUUUCUAAUUGAUAAACCCUUUAUGCAUUAACUGUUUUGGAAAGCUUGUUACAUUUUGCCCCAUUUUACAGGUCGAUGUUUGGAGCAAGCAAAAUCCUUUUAUCCACAUGAGUUUCUUGGGUCUCUUUACUUUUACAGCAGCUUACCUU